CUUGUUAUUCUGCCAGAGCAACCUUGAGUAAAGCGCGACACUUCUCACGGCUGCUCAAGUCUCUCUUAAUUAGUCAUGAUCGCAUUAUCCGUGCGAAAUCAGACAACUUAUUUAAUACGACGCCUUUGGUAUUGUCUUUGAUCAUCCAUCAGACGAAUGCCACAAUCCCCGCCACCUGAGCCACAAAUCUUGAAGGGAGGUAGCGAGGCACGACCUAGUGGAAGCCCUCAUCCUCACCGACGACGCACCUCCCUGUAUGACGUGGUUGCAGGCAGAGUCGGCCUGAAUGGCUUCCUAUCCCGAGAACAACUACAGUCUUCCAAUCUAAUUGCAAGUGCUCCUGAGGAGUAUCUUAUCCGCCGGACAAACAUCCCAGAGCAAAUAGUGGAUGAAGCCGCUGAAGUCACAGAUCGUAUCUCAAACGCCAGUGGACUCCCAGAUUCAGAUCUGCUGAAAGCGAUUCAUGCCUACGCUUCCGAUUUCUACAGGUCAUGCAACCGGGGCAAACCUGACUUCGACAGUCGGUCCAUGGAUGAGACAGCGCUGAUAGCGAUCAGCUUCUUACUCGAAGAACUUGUGAAGCAAGAAAUCGGUGAAAAUGGGGAUAUGGUUUUUGUAGAGCCAGAAGGCUUUGAGAACGCGCCAGAGGCACCCCGGAUGAUAAAAUACCAAAUCCAAGGGAGAGUUUACCCUCCCCCGAUGCAGCGCCAGCCCUCCUUGUCAGAUGAAGAUCUACUCGACCAGGAACAGUCUCCAGCGAAGCGACCCAGGCGAUGACCGGAGUACUGCUUCAUCACAUGCCAGAAGUCUCUGAGGUUCACUAUCACAGUGGAGCCCAGCGGAAGCAGAACGGAUGUAAGAUAGAGUUCUAUUAUGCAGCGGUUGUUUCGGCCAUUCAAGUAACUCUCACUGCCUUAUCAUGUGGCUUGUCAUCUCAGCUGGGUUUCCAGUCAUACUCGAAAUGCUUUGUUCUGGAAGAGCAACCGGG